AUGGUGCAGAAGUACCAGUCUCCUGUCUGCGUCUACAAGUACCCAUUUGAGUUGGUCAUGGCGGCCUAUGAGAAGCGCUUCCCCACCUGCCCGCAGAUCCCGGUCUUCCUGGGCAGCGAGGUCCUACGCGAGUCCCGCAGCGCUGAUGGGGCGGUGCACUUGGUGGAGCGGAGCUGCCGGCUGCGGGUGGAAGCCCCGCGGCUGUUGCGGAAGAUUGCAGGCGUCGAGCACGUGGUCUUCGUGCAAAGAAACGUCUUGAACUGGAAGGAGAGGACUCUCCUCAUCGAAGCGCACAAUGAGACCUUCGCCAGCCGCGUGGUGGUCAAGGAGAACUGCAGCUACACGGUCCACCCUGAGAAUGAAGACUGGACAUGCUUUGAGCAGUCUGCCUCGCUCGACAUCCGGUCCUUCUUUGGCUUCGAAAGUGCCUUGGAGAAGAUCGCCAUGAAGCAGUACACAGCCAACGUCAAGAGGGGGAAGGAGGUGAUCGAGCAUUACCUGAACGAGCUCAUCUCCCAGGGCACCUCUCACAUUCCCCGGUGGACACCUGCCCCAGUCCCAGAGGAGGACACCCACUCCCAGUCUGGGCUGAGGGAUCCUGGCUCCCUGAAGGUCUGCGGGCCUGGUAGCGCCCAGGGCCCUGCUCCCGAGAUGGUCAGUACUGAUGGGGACAAGCUGGAUACGGACUACAUUGAGAGGUGCCUGGGCCAUCUCACACCCAUGCAGGAGAGCUGCCUGAUCCAGCUGCGGCAUUGGUUGCAGGAGACCCACAAAGGCAAGAUCCCCAAAGACGAGCACAUCCUUAGGUUCCUGCGGGCUCGAGACUUCCACCUGGACAGGGCCCGUGAGAUGCUGUGCCAGUCCUUGAGCUGGCGAAAGCAGCACCAGGUGGACCUCCUCCUUCAGACCUGGCGACCCCCUGCCCUCCUGGAGGAGUUCUACGCAGGGGGCUGGCACUACCAGGACAUAGAUGGCCGCCCCCUGUACAUCUUGCGUCUGGGCCACAUGGACACCAAGGGCUUGAUGAAGGCCGUGGGGGAGGAGGUGCUGCUGCAGCAUGUUCUUUGCGUCAAUGAGGAAGGACAGAAGCGGUGUGAAGGGAACACAAAACAGUUUGGCCGUCCCAUCAGCUCCUGGACCUGCCUGGUGGACCUGGAGGGUCUCAGCCUGCGGCACCUGUGGCGGCCAGGGAUAAAGGCCUUGCUGCGCAUGAUCGAGGUGGUGGAGGACAAUUAUCCUGAGACCCUGGGCCGGCUGCUCAUCGUGCGAGCCCCCCGCGUCUUCCCUGUGCUCUGGACGCUGAUCAGCCCCUUCAUCAAUGAGAACACCAGGCAGAAGUUCCUCAUCUACAGUGGCAGCAAUUAUCAGGGUCCCGGAGGCCUUGUCGACUACCUGGACAAAGAAGUGAUCCCCGACUUCCUCGGGGGAGAGUGCCUGUGUAACGUCCCUGAAGGAGGGCUGGUCCCCAAGUCCCUCUACCUGAUGGAAGAGGACCAGGAGCACAAAGACCAGCUGCAGCAGUGGAGAGAGACCUACCAGUCAGCCAGCGUGCUCCGCGGGGCCCCUCAUGAGGUCGCAGUGGAGAUUCUGGAGAGGGAGUCAGUCAUCACCUGGGACUUUGACAUCCUGCAAGGGGACGUGAUGUUCAGUCUGUACCACACCAAGCAGGCGCCCAAGCCGGGCCCCCGGGAGCCUGGGGUCAGGGCUGGCGGGCAGCUGACAGACAAAGGCUGGGCCCUGGGUGCAGAUUACAGCCGUGUGGAGGCUCCCCUCAUCUGCCGGGAAGGGGAGAGCAUCCAGGGCUCCCACGUGACCCAGUGGCCUGGUGUCUACCUGCUCCAGUGGCAAAUGCACAGUGCCCCUGGCCACAUGGCCUGCAGCCUCCCAGGCGUGGAGGAUGUCCUGAUGGCCCUGCACAGCCCUGGCCCCAGGUGCAAACUCCUCUACUACUACGAGGUGCUGGCGUCUGAGGACUUCAGGGGCUCCAUGUCCAGCCUGGAAUCCUGCACCAGCCGCUUCUCCCAGCUCAGCGCCACCACCUCCUCCUCCGGCCAGUCCCACAGCAGCUCCCUGGUCUCCAGAUAGUUAGGACCGAGCCCGGCGGGGCAGCCUGCUCGCCUACCACAUCCACAAGUAUCCAUGAGGCCUGGGACCAUGUGGGCUGCAGCCCUGGGUCUGGACACAGCCAAAGUCGGAUGGGUGGAGCCCUGUGGGCUCUUGAAGUGGUGAGAACAGAAUCAUCUCCGAUGGGGCUUCGCGUACGAAAAGCCAAGGGGUGGGCUAACCACGUUCAGGUCUGGGGGCUCAGGGGUGUCAUCAGGCUCAGUGCCCCCCUGCACCCCGCCACCUCUGGCUCUGCUUCCCUGGGGUGGCCUCCUUCUCAGGGGCCUCCUAAGACUAUUGGGGUUCCCCCCAUAAGAAGCAGGAAUGUAGGGUGUUCACCAUAGCAUCUAAACCCGUAGCGAUGCCCUGGGUCCCAGGAUAUGCUGGUGAGCAGUUAUUUGAGUUACAGGCCCCACUUUGUGGGGGAGCCACCUACCCUGGACUUGAAGUUCAUUUUCCCAGCACAUGACUGGGCAGGCCUAACCCUGACCACCCCUGACUUGAAGAGGGUGGGAAGGCCCAGGUUUUCUGCUGAGUUCCAGGCAGUGAUAAAGCGGCUCUGGCUAUCUUUAUACUCUCUGGAGGUCCCUUUCUCUCCUGGGAAUCUGUUUAAUUGAAACUUUUUUGGUUGUAAGUCACCUCCCAGUGGCUUAAACAAAAACGGGUGACCAAUCAUGGGUGCAUGUAACUGGCCAGUGUAGGAGGACUUGCUUCAGGUAAGGCUGGAUCCAGGCUCUCAAUGUGUCAUCAGGACUCCCCUGUGGGGUGGGGGCUAUGACUUUGUUGCAGCUGCCCUGGGGCAAAUCUGACCCCCAGAACCAGCUCCAAUGUUGAAAGACUUUCCCCGAGUUCCUGCAUGGGAGGGGUGUGGGUCUCCUUGGGGUCUGAGGACAUUUCUCCUUUCAUUUCCUGGGCCUGCAAAAAGGCAACAGGUCAGAGGUCACCACUGGCAGCCUGCAGUCUGAUCUGGCCUGCUUUUAUUUAUUUAUUUUUUUUGUGGUACGCGGGCCUCUCACUGUUG